UUACCAGAAUGAGUAGGGGGCUGGACAUGGUCAACACAAGUAUAUUAGUGGGGGGAUCUCAGGGACAUUUCCAGACUGCCAAUACAAAAUGGAGACUACAGGUGGAAGAACGUCCAUUUUCCUGCUGCUUCUGAUGCAAGCAACCCUGUCCUCCGGGGCGGCGGAGGUCAAGCCGUCCUCCAACCCUGUCCUCGUGGGCCAGACGCUGGUGCUUGCGGUGUCCCCGGCCACCGUGGUCACCAGCGGGAGCUGGUCCCUGGGCACCGCGGUCAUCCUCAACUGGCUGGGCUCUCAGGCCGCUGUGUUCCCCAGCUACACCGGCAGAGCCUCGGUGGACACGGCCACCAACACCCUGACACUCCGCUCCGUCACGCUGGCCGACGCGGGUGUCUACACCGUGAAGAGCACCGACUCGGCGCUGACCGCUAGCAUCACCAUCACUGUACUGGAGGCCAUCUCCAAUGUUGAACUGAAGACCAAUGAUACUGUUUUCGUGGAGUUCCGAGACUCUGCAGUUUUCACCUGCUCGGCCAAGGGCUCCUCCCCCUCCUUCCUCUGGAUGAACGGCAGCUCGGUGGUCACCGUGGGCAACUGGGUACAGAUCGGCGCCGGAGGCUCGACCCUGACCAUCCUCAACAUGACCCGCUACGAUCAGGGGCCGCUCACGUGCAAUGUGUCCAACGCCGUCAGCAGUGAAAUCAGCCAAUCGCUGAACCUCACGAUCUACUAUGGUCCGGACCACAUGGAGCUCAGAUGCAAUGGGCAGAACAUCAGCGACUUUCUCUUGGGAAGUGACCUGAACGUGUCCUGCUCAGCACAGUCUAACCCCCGCGCCCAGCUCCAGUGGGCCUUCCAGGGAGACCGCCUUACUACCACCGGCCCAGACUUGAAGCUCUACAGCGUCAGUGAGAAGGACAGCGGGCUGUACUCCUGUCUGGCCUACAACAACGUCACCCAAUUGUACAGCAACAUCACCAAGUCCAUCAACAUAGAUCCAGCCUGUGGCAAGUCGAUCAUUGCUUCUCGGAACCCUUUACCUGUUGGUAGCGAUGUGACAUUGAGCCUAUCCAACCAAACCACAAUCAUUGUUGGGACCUGGCUCUUUGAAUCAAUUCCCAUUUUGGUCAUGUAUGAUGGUGGAAGUUUCAUAUUUCCUCCUUGGCAAGAAAGGAUAAAAUUCAACCGGACCUCAGCAGAGCUGUCCAUCAAGUCUCUACAAAUGUCAGACUCGGGAAUAUAUAAACUAACAGGAGGGGAGCCAUCUUUUGAAGUAGAGAUCGCAUUGUCUGUCCAAGAGCUCAUUUCAAACGUUACCCUGAGCGCCAACGCAGCCCAUUUGGUCGAGUUCAAUGACUCGGCAGUCUUCACCUGCUCCGUCUCCAACGGCUCCUCCCUGUCUUAUGUCUGGACCAACAACGGCUCUGUGGUCCCGCAGGAUGCUGACGGGGUUCAGUUUAGUGGCGGAGGCGCUGUUCUCACCAUCGCCAAUGUGACCCGAUACGACCGGGGACCCUUCAUGUGCACGGUGUUCAAUGGCGUGAGCCGUGAAUCGAGUGCCCUCAUCCUGUUGCACAUCAGCUACGGUCCGAGUAACCCAAAGAUGGUCCCCAGGCCAAUGAUGGUCGCUUACAAGACGGGCUCCAACAUCACGCUGUCCUGUCACGCUGAGUCCAGCCCCCCGGCGACUGUCCACUGGUUCUUUAAUGACAUGGACCUUAGCAUGUCUGGCCCAGAGAUUCACCUUAUUCACACCAAGGAAAACCAAACAGGAUAUUACAUGUGUCUUCUUUACAACCCUGUGACAUGCAGGUACAACAGCGUCAAGACAAUGGUCCGAAUUUUGGACCCUAUUUACCAUGUUUCCGUUAGUCGUACGGGGGGGCCCGUGAUCCUGGGCCAGUCGGUCACUUUGAGCUGUGACGUGAACGGGAGUGUAGAUUCCAUAUCAUGGUGGAAGAACGGCACCGCCAUGAUGACGCAUAACAUGACAUCGCUGAGAAACCGAAGUCUGACCCUUGACCCAGUCACUAAACCAGAUGCUGUGGACUAUAAUUGUCAGGCAUUCAAUCUCGUGAGCAACAUGACAAGUAGUCCUUACAGGCUCAUUGUUAACUAUGGCCCUGAGGCGGUUGCUAUCCGGGGGCCGUCCGUAGGUCUGGCAGGAGAUCAGGUGACCUUCGACUGCUCAUCGUCUUCCGAGCCCCCGAGCCAAUACAGCUGGUACUUCAAUGGCUCUCUGGUGGCCAACGCCUCCCAGUACGUCACCAAGAAUCUGACCACAGCAAUGAGCGGGAAAUACAUCUGCAUGGCCUUCAACAAUAUCACCGGCUGCAACUCAACGGCCUACACCAUGCUCACCGUUUACGAUCCUAUAACAGACGUCCAAAUCAAGGGAAACUCGACCUCCGCUAUGCUAGGGCUCGCGUUCACGCUGACGUGUGACGCCACGGGGGUGGUGGAACAUGUUCACUGGAUGAAGGACGGAGUGGCCUUGCCCGCGGGCGGCAACACCACCAUGUACAAUCACAUGCUCAACUUCCAUCCAGUCCAACAACAGGACAACGGGAACUACCAAUGUUCAGCAACCAACGCUGUGAGCAACAUGACCAGCCCCGAAUACAGACUCCAUGUCAUUUUUGGACCAUAUAAUCCCAUCAUUACGGGGCCUGGUGUAGCUGAGACAGGAGAUAAUGUGGUCUUCAAGUGCAUGGCCUCCUCCUACCCUCCAAGCUACUACCACUGGUACUACAGAGGAGACCUUGUAGGGAAUGAUUCCAUUCUUGAAACUGGUCCUCUAAGUUUAAACAUGAGUGGAGCAUACACCUGCCUGGCCCUGAACAAUGUCACUGGGAAAAACAGCACAAGUUUCACGAAGCUUAGGGUCAUCGAGCGUAUUGAGCAUGUGGCGAUCAAGGAGGACUCGCUUCCCGUUCAGUCACACAACUUCACUCUGAGCUGCGCAGUGGCCGGGCUCUAUGAUUCCAUAUCUUGGACCAAGGAUGGAGUUCCACUCGACGGCACUAACUCAUCGAACAGAAAAUCGCACAUGUCGAUGAUGAACAACUCCCUCCAUUUCAGUCCCGUGACGACCUAUGACAACGGUUUCUACCGGUGUGUCGUUCGCAAACAUAGCAGCCCUGAACACCAGCUGCUGGUGAACUAUGGACCGUGGAACGUGAGCAUCAGUGGCCCGGAUGUCAUAAACCUAGGCUCCGAUAUAAAGGUUGCGGUUUUAACAUGCUCUGCGGACUCCAGACCAACUAGUCAAUACCAGUGGUUCAUCGACUCUGUUCCAGCGGCCGAAGGGAGUGGCCCAGUAUUUUCUGUAUUGGUCAUAACACCAAAAGUUAUCAACUACAAGUGCAAAGCUUAUAACAAUGUGACUGAGAUCUCCAUGUUCCAGAAUAAAACACUUACCAUCAAUGACGCUCCUGGCCAUUCAUUGGCCUCUCCUGGCGUGUUGCUGUUUAUGAUCCUUGCAGCACUGUCUGUUCCCAUGCUUGGCAACUGAGGGGCCUUCACCGUGAGCAGGUAUACGAGUCCUCUUGCUCCCUCUACUGCCAUCCCAAAUGUACAAAAGAAUGGCUUGGGUUGGAAAACAGUAAUUUCUCUCUUUCUUUCCCCUCUACUUACUGUUCCUAAGAGAGUAGGUGUUAAUAGUAAAACAAGUCAGUUAUUGCAGUUUAGAAAUCAAAUGAUGCGUUCGUUGUUUCUCAGGGACUGUAAUCUUUGCCAAUAAUUGAAGGUGAUCAUGAGCUCUAUUUUUUCAAUAUAAAGGCCUAUAAAAAAUAUCUGUGAAAUUAAAAGUUGGUACAUUCUUGGGUUAUAAGAUAUGUCAUUAUUUUAAUUAUUUUAAAUAUGUUUGAUUAUUUUUUAAUAAUUUGAUUAAGGGCAGAACAUGUAUUCUGCCAUAUAUUGACAUAGUAUUUGUAACUUAUUUGUAAAAGUAUUAAUCGGAAAUAUAUUACAGGUAUUGUGUGAUCUAUGUAUUGAGUGUUUAUUAUAGUUUUAUUAAUCCAAUUAAACAAACGCGUCUCAACUUUGAUCUCCCUUUGUUGCAUAUCGGGUAUCGGGGUGAUUUGUUUUUCUUUUGUUAUGUUGGUGCAACAUUGUUUUCCAAUCUCCAAUAAAUUGUUAUAAAUAUU